AUGCAGUUUCUAUUGGCCCUUCUUCUUGGAACAGCUCUUGGCCAUCCGACGACAAUCGUCGAGGUGGAGGAGACUGAUGACUUUAUCCAACUCAGAGAGAAACAUUCGCUAUUCUGUGCCCAGAAGUGCGCCUCAUCGUUGCGAACUGGAGUGCUGGCCGCAUUGGGGACUCAUUCCACUCCGUAUUCUUCCCUAUUAGCCCCAUUUCAUCACAUUUUCUCGAACACGGAAAACACCGGGCAUUCGUUGAGAAAAAGUGAAUACACUUGCAGGAGUGUUUUCAACUUUGACAACUGUUUGUCGAGUUGUGGCUCAUCACCGGAAAGAGACACUUGGCUGCAGGCAAUCUCUCAUUGGACUCUUUUCUGUACACUAAUCAAGCAAUCAUCUAAAGCCGUAAUUGAGUACGUGCAAUGCGAGAGUGAGCACAUGCGAGAAGCAGUGAAACACUGUGGUCAUCUCAAUAUCUAUCCCCGAUCAUCGUUCACGAUUUUUUGCAGGCAGUUCGACAAGUAUCAUCGUUGCUAUCAGAAGCUCAAACACAACUGUACCGAACCAGGACAUGCGAUCAAACAGCAAAUCGACGAUGCCGUACAGAAAACGUUUGAACGUUUGAUGAAAUUGAACUCGAAUCGGGUGAGGAUCCCAAAUCGAUGCACAUCAUGGAUUAAUGGACACACCACAAAUAACGAUGAUGAAGAUGAGGAGAGGAAUGAAGGUCUUCCGUUAAAAUCAACGCCUCAUCGCUCGGCCGACUCUCAAAUUGUACACCAGAUUCCAGUGUUGCGAGAAGUGCCCACCGAAAGCCCGUCCAACUCCGAGCCAACCACGGUCGAAGUCGAUUUGAUCACCGCACAU